AUGGAAUUCAACUCGAGCGGAUCAGACAGCGAAGCGCUGGCCUCUGCUCUCAGGGCGCCAACAUUCUCUCUCCUGGGAAAAUCUGAUCAAUUACUCAUCUGCCAAUCAUGGAAGGAACCUCAGCACAUCCUGUUCCAGCUCGCCAACCUCUUCUUCGUUUCGGGCUUCAUGGCGCCGAACAACAAGUAUGGGGGACUAUUCCUCCAUACCCUUCUCAUGGUGGCAUUCCUCAUAACGACAGCAUGGGCAUGGAAUGUGCUUUGUGCGCCUGAUCUCUUCUUCUAUAGUUUCGCUGCGAUGAUCAUAAAUAUGGCUCAGACGAUCUAUUUACUUUUCACGCUCAGGCAAGUUAAGUUUCCGGGAGAAUUGGAAGACAUUUACGAGGUUCUCUUCGCUCCGAUGCGUGUACCUCGUAUGCUGUUUAAGCGAUUGGUGUCGCUCGAGUACGCGCAGAUCUUGAACCUGCACGCAGGAGAAGCGUACGCCAUGCAAAACUUGACUAGGACAGAUCGUCUAGCCCUACUUGUCGCGGGAAAGGCCAGCGUGCUUUCAGACCAUCAUUUCUUGCAUCAUAUUCAUCCGCGGGAAUUCUUAGAUUCACCCGAAUUCGAGUCCACUCGCUCGGGGAAGGAAGAUAAGUACAAGGUAACGAUCAUCGCGGUGACGCCCUGCCGAUACAUACUAUGGCAACGCCAGAAUCUGGAGUACCUCUUGGUCAAGGAGAACUUCCUAGCAGCUGUUUUCGCUUUACUUUUGGAGAGAGACAUAACCUCAAAGCUAUAUGCCAUGAACGAUAAGAUCGUUACGGAAAAAGGCGAAAAUCUCGACAUUCGCCUGCCUUCUGUCACUGGCAGCAUGACCUAUCAGGUUCCGCCUGAUAACAACGAGAAGGAAGGUUUUAUGGAGAAGCAAAACCGAAGUCAAUCCAUCAAGUGA